AUGAAAAUUUCCUUCGCUCUCAUUCCUCUGAUAUUGGUGUCGAUCAUCGCUCUUGUUUACAAACGUCCCGUGCUCGAUGGUCCAGCAAUCUCCCGAAUGCAAGAACUGUCCACUCGGGCCUCUAUUCAGGAAGAGUACAGGGAUGGCGGCCCACAAGAAGACGAGCAGCCAUCCCUCUUUGAAACGAUCCAAAUAUUUCAUGCCAAACGGGAUCCCGCCGAAUUGAGCAGCAAAAACUGGACGGCCCAGGUGCAACAAGACAGAAUGGUAGCUGUUUUGACCAACAUGCAGCGACGGGCUUACUUUGUCGACCUUGCCGCCAAUCACGCUGUCACAAUCUCCAACACCUACGGGCUGGAACGCAACCUCGAAUGGAAUGGUCUUUGUAUCGAAGGAAACUCGCAAAUGUGGAAGGAGCUGGUCCGACGGCAGUGUCAACUGGUUGCAGCGGUUGUGGGACAAGAAAUCGACGAAAAGAUCAGUUUCCUGGUGAGGCCGAACAAAGAUGGAUUAUCUGGAAUUGUGAAUGAAAAUUUUGAUAACAAACAGGACAAGGGUACAGAAAACGAAGUGACAUUUGUGGAAGACCACUAUGCGGUACCACUAGUGGAGAUUCUGCGACACAAUCAUGCACCCAAGGUAAUUGACUACUUGUCAUUGGACGUGGAAGGAGCAGAAUUCUACGUCAUGGAAAAGUUCCCCUUUGAGAAAUACCAAUUUCGCAUCAUUACUAUCGAACGACCACAGCCAGAGCUUCGGUCGUUGCUUCGAGCCAACAAUUAUACGCUCCACGCCGUCGUUGCAGGUGGAAACCACGGCGAAACUUUGUGGUUUCACAAUGAUCAUGUGUCAGGACUGAAUGUGGAAGCGUUUACCAAAGAGUUUUCCCUGCCCAACCAGGAAGUUGCAUUGAAAAAGUGGGGGUAA